GAUUGAUUGGUUUUCAGUAUUGAAUCUAUUGACAUAGGAACAUAUUUGUGAUAAAUUGAAUAGCUUUAAUGUUAUGAUUUUAAUAUAAUAAUUAGUUAUUAUUUGCCCCCACUGCACAUAAAUUCUAGCUCCGCUCCUGCUGGUUGGGAUAUGUCUAUCUUCUUCCUGCCACAUUGAAUUGCCUUGCAUUAUCAAUUAUAACAUCCGAAAAAAGUAUGAUGUAUGCUUCUUGAGGUAUCUAUUAGCUCUAUAAUUAAUCACGCUUAAUUGCUUAGUGUAAACUAAAACUCGUUUGUGGGUGUGUUUUCUGAACUGUUUUACUUGAGUAAUUGUUUUAGAAAAUACUAUUGUUCAAUUCUUGCAAUUUGAAACUAUUAAUUUGUUGAUUGCAGACUGUACCAGUUAAUCCUAAACCUUUCUUGAACAAUUUGACUGGAAAGCCUGUCAUGGUAAAACUCAAGUGGGGAAUGGAGUACAAAGGUUAUCUGGUCUCUGUGGAUUCAUACAUGAACUUGCAGUUGGCUAAUGCUGAAGAAUAUAUUGAUGGGCAGUUCACUGGAAGUCUUGGAGAGAUAUUGAUCAGAUGUAACAAUGUUCUCUAUCUUCGCGGCGUACCAGAGGAUGAAGAAAUAGAAGAAGCUGAUCAAGACUAG